AUGCACAGCAACUUGAGUUACAAAAGGCAAAAUGCCCAACUUGUCGUCAAAGUGCUGUUUGCGUUGUCGGUCGAAGCGGGGCCGCAACACAGACGCCAGGAACAUGACUUGCCCGAUGAAUCGCUUGAUCUGUGUUCGUCGUUCGGGAACAUCUUCAUUUGGCGUCAGGCCUUGACCGACGGCCACAUCAGCCGGUUCCACGUCAUCGGCGGCUGCGACGGCUACGAAGGCGAGCGAAGCUACUACACGGACUUGACCAAGGCGUUGCCGGACACGAGUGUCGUGCACACGGUCGGCUGCUACAAGUUCCGCAUCAACCACUUGCAUAUGGGCACCAUUGGCGACAUGGGCAUCCGUCGGCUGCUCGACUUGAGCCAGUGGAACGACUCGUACUCGGCCGUGCAGAUCGCGCUGGCGUUGCAGUGGGGCAUGAACGACCUGCCGCUGUCAACCGUGCUAUCGUACUUCGAGCAAAAGGCCGUGGUGGAGCUCUUGACUCUGCUGCUCGGCAUGCACAUGAUCUACAAUGCUACGACAAACGCCAAGGUAUGA